GGAGACUGAGACGGAGACGGAGACGGCUGCCCUAGUGGGAGAGGCGGCGGCGGCGGCAGCGGCCGCGGCGACGACGGUGAAGGAAAAUGCUUGGACAGAAGAGAUGAAUACUGUUUUCACUAAGGCCUAGAACUGCCUAUUGAACAACAGUCCUGAUUAGGCAGUACACGAAUGGCCCAAGGAAGCCACCAAAUUGAUUUUCAGGUUUUACAUGACCUGCGACAAAAAUUUCCUGAGGUACCUGAAGUUGUUGUGUCCAGGUGCAUGUUACAGAAUAAUAAUAACCUGGAUGCCUGCUGCGCUGUUCUUUCACAAGAGAGUACAAAGUAUCUUUAUGGUGAAGGAGAUUUGAAUUUUUCGGAUGAUUCUGGGAUUGCUGGUCUACGAAAUCACAUGACUUCUCUCAACCUGGACUUGCAGUCACAACAUGUAUAUCAUCAUGGAAGGGAAGGAAAUAGAAUGAAUGGAAGUAGGACUUUGACUCAUAGUAUCAGUGAUGGACACCUCCAAGGUGGUCAGUCCAACAGUGAAUUAUUUCAACAGGAGCCACAAACAGCACCAGCUCAAGUUCCACAGGGCUUUAAUGUUUUUGGAGUGCCCAACAUUUCUAGUGCUUCAAAUUCAACACCACACCUUGGAUUUCACUUAGGCAGCAAAGGAGUAUCUAACCUUUCUCAACAAACUCCCAGAUUCAAUCCCAUAAUGGUAACUUUAGCCCCAAAUAUUCAGACUGGUCGUAAUACUCCUACAUCUUUGCACAUACAUGGUGUACCUCCACCUGGACUUAACAGUUCACAGGGAAAUUCUAUCUAUAUUAGGCCUUACAUCACAACUCCUAGUGGUACAACUCGGCAGACACCUCAGCAUCCUGGAUGGGUGUCUCAGUUUAAUCCUAUGCACCCUCAACAAGUCUACCAGCCUUCACAACCUAGUCCCUGGACUACUUAUCCUGCAUCUAAUCCAGUGUCACAUACCUCAAACCAACAGACAAACCAGCAAGGCCAUCAGACCUCUCAUGUCUAUAUGCCUAUCAGUUCACCUACUACGCCUCAACCACCAACAAUUCAUUCAUCUGGUAGCUCACAGUCUUCUGCCCAUAGCCAAUUUAACAUUCAGAAUAUUUCAACAGGACCUCGCAAAAACCAAAUUGAAAUCAAACUUGAACCCCCACAAAGAAACAAUUCUUCAAAACUGCGUUCCUCUGGACCUCGAAACUCUAAUAAUCCCUCCUCUGUCAAUAGCCAUACAUUAACUCGAAGUCAACCCACUGUUUACAUAGCUGCCAGCCCCCCAAGUACAGAUGAGGUGAUAUCCCGCAGUCAGCCCAAGGUCUAUAUUUCUGCUAAUGCCACCACAGGAGAUGAACAGGUUAUACGGAAUCAGCCCACACUCUUCAUAUCAACGAAUUCUGGAGCAUCUGCUGCUUCCAGGAAUAUGUCUGGGCAAGUAAGCAUGGGCCCUACCUUUAUUCAUCAUCACCCACCCAAGAGUCGGGCAGUAGGCAACAACACCACUGCAACUUCUCCUCGAGUGGUAGUCACUCAACCUAAUACAAAAUAUACUUUUAAAAUAACAGUUUCUCCAAAUAAGCCCCCUGCCGUUUCACCAGGGGUGGUGUCCCCAACCUUUGAACUUACAAAUCUUCUAAACCACCCUGAUCAUUAUGUAGAAACAGAGGGUAUUCAGCACCUCACUGACCCUGUUUUAGCACAUGUGGAUAGGAUCAGUGAGGCCCGGAAACUGAGUAUGGGAUCUGAUGAUGCUGCCUACACACAAGCUUUACUGGUACAUCAGAAGGCCAGAAUGGACCGGCUUCAACGAGAACUUGAGAUUCAAAAGAAAAAGCUGGAUAAACUAAAAUCUGAGGUCAAUGAAAUGGAGAAUAAUUUAACUCGGAGGCGUCUAAAAAGAUCGAAUUCUAUAUCCCAAAUUCCUUCACUUGAAGAAAUGCAGCAAUUAAGAAGUUGUAAUAGACAGCUGCAGAUUGACAUUGACUGUCUAACCAAAGAAAUUGAUCUUUUUCAAGCCAGAGGACCACAUUUUAAUCCCAGCGCAAUUCAUAACUUUUAUGACAAUAUUGGAUUUGUAGGUCCCAUGCCACCAAAGCCCAAAGAUCAAAGGCCCACUGCCAAAACACCAAAAUCUCAAGACACAGAAGAAGAUGAGGGAGCUCAGUGGAAUUGUACUGCCUGUACCUUUUUGAAUCAUCCAGCCUUAAUCCGUUGUGAACAGUGUGAGAUGCCAAGGCAUUUCUGAGCCACAAGGCCCAAAAUCUUCUCUAGAAAACCAUAACAGAUUUUCAAGGAACUAUUUUGUCAUUGGGGAAUAAAUGUUUCAUUAUUACAUAGGAUUUUGCAAAAUUGAAGGUGUGACAAGAUGGUGUUUUGCUUAUGUUAAAUGGCAGCCCACAGAGAUAAUAAUACCUCAGUGUUGCAUUGCAGGCAGUUGAAAUUCAUCAGAUGAAAGGUAAUCUACUGAAAGACUUGGUAGCCGGCUGCCUAAACCAUGGACAGUAUUACCGAUAUCCCAUUAAGGAUAAUUCUUGGUGUUCAAUACGUGGGUGUUCCCAAAACAACGUUUUCCCCUUUGUCACUACUGAAUUUUGACAGGGGAAAGGAAUAGAAUGGUAGCUUUUUUGUUGUUUUUUUAAAGCUUUCAGUGAAACACUACAUAGGUGGUAAAAAUUUAAAAGGAACAAGAUUUAACUAUUUAAACUGUUUGCUGCCACUUAGUGCCAAUGGAUAGGGGAAGAACUUGACGAUUCUGUGGUACUUUUGGCCUUGUCUUUGUCUUCCCUGAAAACAUCUCUACUCUGUGAAGUUAGCAUCAGUCCAGUCAUGUCUAAAGAUGAGAAGGGAAACGGUGUGCAUUGUCUGUAGAGGACAAAUGGUGAAAUACCCUUGCUUUUCUUACUGUACAUAGCUCUGGAGCCUGCUCUAAGUGACUUCUUUUCUUUAUUAUUUUCUCGUAUUUCUCUAUGUAUAGUGUAAUAGUCUUUUGUUAACUUUCUUUUUUUUCCCCUUUAGUGAUUAAGCACGAUCAUGUCCUUUUUUAAAAGCUUUUAUCUGAGAGAAGCAAUGCCUAAAAAUAAAAAAGAGCAUUAAUGAAAUGAAACUAUGCACAAAAUAACUUUACUCAUUCUGUGCCUUGCCCUUGCAAAUGCUGUACUGUGAAGACCUGCAGAUUCAGCAUGGUUAAAAAUGCAGGAAAUAUGGGAAGAUUUAUGCAUUUAGUUCACUCUGAAUAAUGAAUUUUAUGGUGGGUGACUCAACAGUGUUCUGUCCUUCACAAGGCAACUUAAAACAACAGAUUAUCUUCAACCUACCAAGAGAACAACGAGAAUAAGCUUGCUUCAUCCGCCUGGGGUGUUGCAGAACUUUCAAGAGAUAUUUAUUGAGGAAGUGAAGUACACACAAUAUCAAAACCAGCAACUGAAUCACAUAAACUCCCCUCUUCCCUUCCCCACCUCCUUUUUUGAGAGAACUUUAAAUACUUUACCAUUUGGGCAAUCAGUUUCUAAACCUGACUUGGUGGCAGUGUCACAUAUUUAUAAAAUGAGGCUAGCCAUAUUUAGGAAAAACAGAAGAAAAGCUGGAAAAGGAAAAGCCAACAAGCAGACUUGAACACUGAAGCAAACCUCAAGCAUCUCUUUAUUUUGAUUAUUUUUUUUAAUAAGGAAAACUACUCAGAUGAUCAGGAAUGUAUGUAAUUGAAUGAAAUCAAGCAAAAGGAAUGACAGUAUGCAUUUAUAAAGGACAACAUGAAAGGAUUUCUGUAGCAGCACUUAGGAUGAGGCUAAAGGAAGUACAAAAAUGUAGCAAAAGGCAAGAGACAAAGUAGACUGUCAUCCACAGUAAACAUUUGCAAGUGGACAUUUUAAAAUGGAACAGGAUAAUUACAAGCAGUCUAAGUGAAUGCAAAAGCCUUGGCUUUGAGGGUUUUGCAUUUUGUAAAUGGGAAGAAAUAUGACAAUCCCAAGUAAUUAGGCAGAAGAACCAAAGCACUUGCAUUUGAUGCAUUUUGUUUCUAAAAUGGGGCCUUGUUUUUUCAGCUUCAUCUGCAGUUCUAUGUGAAGAUUGAUAAAUCAGUUUUUACCUGUUUUAUUAAUAAAACCUAAUUUGGAUAUCUUGAGUUGAUGGUUGUGAUUUAGAUGGGCAAACUGUCUUUGUAACAGAUAAGUUAUUUAUAAAAAUUAAAAAAAGUUAUAUUCUAAUGUUGAAUUUUGUGACUUGUUUUUAACCUUGUAGAACAGUGGGUAAGUGUACUCCAAUGGAACAUUAAAUAACCAUUUGAACCAGGAAAAGAAGUUAAAAUGCACAAAUUACAUAUUAUGGUUUUAGACUGGUUCUCUUAGAUUGUUUCUCAUAAGACCAUUGCCCAGUUUUCUCCACAAUAGGUUUAAAAAAAAAAAAAGGCUGUAAAAUUAUCUGUUGUUUAUCUUUCAAAUGAGCCAGGACAGUAAACAGUAAGUCCUUUUUUAAUGGUUUAUGGUGGGAGUCUUAAUUUAUACAACUUUUCCUUGUAUUUGUCCCCCAUUUUAGAGACUCACCCCUGUGAUGAAAGUAAGUGAAAAAAACAGUGUGGUAUAGUAGAAGGAGCAAUUAGGUGUGGCAGCCGAAGGAGGCUUAGACUCACAGCCUGACUUAGACAGUUGUUUCUGUCUUUUUGUGACCCUAGGAAAAUUACUUUGCCCCUCUGGGUCUUUGUUUUCUUAGAAAGGAGGGAUUAGGAUAAGCCACUAAUAAAAUCUUAAAAUCCACUUAGUGGUUUCAGAUAACUUUCAAAUUUAGACUUUGACCUUGAGAACAGAAACAAAAUAAGCAUUUCUCUUAAGAUGGUGAUAAAAGUAAGGCAUGAUAUUAAAAGGGACUAGAAAAAACACGGGUAAAUCUGUCUUGAAAUGCAAUACAAAGGAAAGAAACACGUCCUGCCCUGAGAGAAGGUGAUGCCAGCACAUGUUACAGUCUUUAGAGUACUUGCAAAUUAUUGAAGUGGAAUGUAAUAGUCUAAACCUGAGAUGGAAAGAUUGGAGCCUUUUUGUUUCUGAUCACUAAUUAUUCCUUGGUUUUGGUGUUCUUUGCAUUUAAAAAUGUAUUUCUAGGCAGUUGGUGUAAACUGUUUAAACUCAGGGAAAUAUGUCUGUGAGAUUUGUCAGUUUUGCUCUUAUUUACCAACAGCUAGCACGUAUUACUAAGUUGCAUUUCAUGUUUCUGUGUCAAUAUCUAUGGUGUUUUUUUUUUCCCAAUUUUGAGAGAAUUGAUUAUACAUUUCCUUGGAAAUUCCAAUUGCUUUUAUUACAUGAAUGACCAAUCUGAGCUAUAUCCUACUCUUGGUUAUUUUAAUAUUGGAAAGUAGGAAUUGAGCAGUUUCACAAAACACAUCGACCAAAAAGGAACUUGUUUUAACCUGCUUUUUUUUUUAAAAGAACAAUGCUGCACUAAAAAAAGUGGGAAAAUUGACAGUGAAUUCGUCCCUUUUUCCCAUCCCUGUUAGCAACAGAAAUACUAACAGCUAAAAAGUAAACUAGAGAACCUAUUCAUACCUCAAUUAAAUUGGAUUUUGCUAUUUGUCUCAAUUGUAUUAAACCAGUAAUUUAAGAGUUAAACAGUUAAACAGUUGAUUGAUAUGUUAAUUCAUUUUUCAUGAUCUCAUAUUUCUACUACUCUAGAAUAACAAUUCUUCUAAAUCAUCUCUUUAUAUAUCAAAUGGAAUCAGAAAAUUUUUAAUUUAAAGAUAUAAAAUUACAUUAUUAAUAUCCAUUUUACUUGAAGAUUAAAUGGCUCAAGACUACCUAUUAAGUCAAGUUACUUAUACAUGGGUAAAUGUAAUUGGGCUACCUGGAGAAAAUGAAAUACCUCUUCUGAGGGACUACAAUUUAACAGCUUUGUAUUUGUUAAAUUGUGGUUUUUUUUUAUCUGUGUAAUAUCUUUAGGAAUCUGACAUUAAAGGACAAUUUUAAAUGGUUACAAUUAUAUUCAAUGUCAAAUAAUAUUUCAUUUUAGUAUAAGCUUUCUGGCUUAUAAUCAGAGUAAUAGUUACAUAGAAGGAAUGAAUUGCUAUUACAUAGAAGGAAUGUAACUAUUUAGACAAAUCAUAAGACUAGUAACAAUUCCCUUAAAACUGCUAUUUUUUAUAGAUAUAAAUGUACGUAAAUAAACAUUAAAGGCAGCUUAGUCUACAUACUACUGGACUCUGAGAGCCAGAAAAAUUGUAACUUUAUUUAUACUGUGUAACCAUAGAAAAGUUACUUUGUCUUUUUUUUGUAGACUUCAAAUUCUUGUCUUUUAAAGUAGAAAUAAACAUCCUAGUAUUCUACCCAGCUCACAGAGAGGUUGUAGAGAUGAAUGGGAUUUCUAAAGUUCUCAGAAGAAAAAGAAAAGUACUAUUUUCAAACAGUGAAUUCAUGAAUUUUGUGUGGGGCUUUGCCAUUUGGUGAACUUUAAAAAAAAAAACCUUAAAAUUCUUAAUUAACGGUACUAAUUACAAAGGUAAGUUUUAUGCCAUUUAUCUCUGAAGUUAAUCUAUGGGGCAUCUCUUUAGUAGGAUCAGGUUUGCAGUUUCUGUAAUUUAGUCCUUUUCCCCCAUUUAAUUCCAAGGUUAGUUGCUAAUGGAAAAGAUUAUAAAGUUAUUGAAGGUUAACAAAGGAUGAAAGUGUUUUUAUGUUUUUGUUAAAUGUCCAGCUAUCUUAAGGAAAAAAAUGUAUUUUAUGGUGAAGCAUAACAGGCAAAUUACACCUUCUCCAGGAAAAUAAAUACUUUCUUCAAAGGAA